AUGUCGGGCUACGGGAAUGAACGACGAAAGGUGUUGGUCCUAGGAGCAAAGAAGUCAGGCAAGACGUCGUCUUUGAAGGCCGUCUUUGAAGGGAUGACCCCGAAAGAUACCAUCUGGCUCGAGACGACACAACAGAUCGUCAAGACCGACUUUGACUCCAUCUUACCGCUGGAGUUAUGGGACACGCCGGGAUCGUUUGACCUGGACAGUAUCACUUGGGAAGAGUUUUCGACCGUGGUAUACAUGCUCGACGUAUCACAAGACACGCAUCACCCAAUCUCGAAGAUUGUCCCCACCUUCAUCCUCGCCUACGCCCAAAACCCAUCCAUCAACUUCGAAGUCUUCAUCCACAAAGCCGAUCAUUGGGACGCCGAUUGGCAGGACGAAGACUUCCGUGAGAUCACGGGCAGGGUGAUGGACGAAAUCGCAGAUUUCUCCGACUGGGCCUCUUUGGCGGAUACGCACCCCAACGUCCGUUUCAAUGUGGAUGCGGACGCUUGGUUGGAGACGUUGACGACGGAGAAGAUCAGGUUCUGGUUAACAAGCAUUCACAACUAUACGAUCUACGAGGCUUGGAGUAAAGUGAUACAGAGGUUGAUGGAGGAUAUCUAUGGGACGAUCGAAGGGCUCUUGAAUACGUUUGGUCAGCAAUCAUCGAUGCAUAAAUCGUUCCUCUUUGAUAUCAACGCCAAACUUUACGUCGCCAUGGAUAUCAAUUCGGUAGAAUCCUCGACAUUCCAGCUAUGCAGCGAUUAUCUAGGGAGAAUGAUGGUCUUUCAGUCGUUGUUCGACAACGUGCCCGAAGCUCGGAAACAAGCCCGGUCAGACAAGGCAAAGCGGGAAGGCAAGCGUGAUCCGACGCAAGAUGAAGACGACGACGAAGAUCCGGAAGAACGAGAAUGGCCGGCAAACGUCGCUCGGCUGGGAGAGAAUACGAGUAUCUGCUACUGGCAGUUCACAAAACGCCUGGCUCUGAUGAGCGUGGUCAGCUCUGACGUGCUCAAUCAGCAGCAGGGCAUGAUCGAAUUCAACGUCGCUUUAUUGCGCAAAGCCAUCUUACAGAUCCUCGAAGCGAUCGGGCAAUAG